AUGGUGGCCAAGGAGGAGGAGGAAGCGGUGAAGGUGGCAGUGGUGGUUAUGGAGGUGGCCAAGGAGAUGGUGGAGGUAGCCAAGGAGAAGGUUAUGGUGGAAAUGGAGGUAGCUAAGGAGGAGGCCAAGGUGGUAGCCAAGGAGGAGGCCAAAGGGGUAGCCAAGGAGGUGGCCAAGGAGGAGGUCAAGGAGGAGGCCAAGGUGGUGGCCAAGGUGGAGGCCAAGGUGGUGGCCAAGAUGGAGGCCAAGGUGGUAGCCAAGGAGGAGGACAAGGGGGUAGCCAAGGUGGUAGCCAAGGAGGAGGCCAAGGAGGUGGCCAAGGAGGAGGCCAAGGUGGUGGCCAAGGAGGAGGCCAAGGUGGUGGCCAAGAUGGAGGCCAAGGUGGUGGCCAAGAUGGAGGCCAAGGUGGUAGCCAAGGAGGAGGACAAGGGGGUAGCCAAGGAGGAGGCCAAGGAGGUGGCCAAGGUGGUAGCCAAGGAGGAGGCCAAGGUGGUAGCCAAGGAGGAGGCCAAGGAGGAAGGUGGUGGCCAAGGAGGAGGCCAAGGAGGUAGCCAAGGUGGUAGCCAAGGAGGAGGCCAAGGAGGAGGCCAAGGAGGUAGCCAAGGAGGAGGCCAAGGAGGUAGCCAAGGAGGCCAAGGAGGUGACGGUAGCCAAGGAGGAGGCAGUAGCGGCGGAGGAUAUGGUGAUGGCAGCCAAGGAGGUGGCGGUAGCAGCGGAGGAUAUGGUGGUGAUGGAAGUGGAGGAGGCGGUGGUGGUGGAUAUUGA